ACGAAUCGAAUCCAACACAUUUCAGUGCAAAGGGGAGACCUGGAGCAGGUCUACCAACAAUUCACGCUCUGGGGCAUUCCCUCUAAGGGUACAGUGCCCCAGUAGAUACGAACCCCCCUCGCCUCUCAAUCAUCGUAACGGUCCAGUUACGCAUAGAGUUCAGCUAAACGAAGAAUAGUUUCCCACAAUGCAUUGAAUUCCAAAUUCCAAUAUGGCUUCCGGGCAGGGUUUAAAGUGAAAUAUUCGAUUUGUUUGAGGAUUUGUUCGACAAAAUAUGGGGCACGGGAACAGCAAAGCGUAUACAGAAGCGAUCAAGAAGCUUAGUUCUCUAGAGCUGAACAAUAUUGUGGCGGUUUUCAAUGAAUUAUCGACAGAAAACCAAGACGGAACGAGAGCUAUCCCUGAACCCAAUAUGGCUACAAGGCGUGUGUUUGCAGAGAGAUUUUCAUUGCCUGGUUUGAUAGGAGAGAGGUUGUUUCAUGCAUUUGACAGAGACAGCAAUGGUACUAUUAAUCUGGAGGAAUUCGUUGGUGGUGUAGCACUGUGUCUACAUGGCUCUGCUCAGGCAAAAUGUGAACUUCUUUUUAAGGUGAAUUUUAAUCAAACCAAAGCGACUAGAUAGCUGGCUGCUGUAGUAAAACUGCCGGAUGCUGGCUAUUUAGUAAAAUUGUUUUUUAAAAAAGAUUAUGUGCAAUAGCACUUAGUGAGUCUACUGAUAGUGUAGACCCGUGUAGUGGUUACAACAUGUCCGGGGGGGGGGUAAAUAGGGGUAUACAAAUCCACUGAUCCGCCCAAAUUUGAAGCAAAAUCCACGAUCCGACAAUGGUCUUGUCUAAAUUUAAAUCCACUAAAAGCUCUACUAUGAAGUCACAAUCCAGGAUCCGAGCUAAAUUGCAAGCUAAAUCCACAAUCCAAGCCAAAAUAAUAGAUAAAUCUGCAGUCCACUGUAUUAAUAAGAUCCAUGUAAAAUAUUCGCCAGAUCUGAAAUCCGAACAAUUUUUUCUGUGAAAUCCAACGAUCUGAAAACCUAUAAUUCACCCCCCCCCCCCAUGUGCCUAUGUAAUGAGCUCAAAGAUUGCAUCAUAACAGAAAACAUCCACACCUCCCCACUGACUGAAAAGUUUUGAAAAUGCAUGCCUGAGAUUUAAGAAAAAUUAAUAGUUAAUGUAUCAAAGGUAUAAAAAUUGCAUGCCUGAUAUCUCGGUUGUGCGAUACAAACUUUCCACACUAGCCUUCCCCUCAUCAGAUAUCCUUGUACAUUUUACUAUUAUUAGGAGCAAAUUCUCAGACUCCCUCCCCUCCCAGAUGGCAGAAAUUCCCUCCGUAAAGGCCUAAUUCCACGACGAGCGAAAUGCAAAAAAUUGUGCACGAAAAGGUUGAAUGCAUGCUCAACAUGAUUUUGGAAUGUUUCUCUGCGAAAUAUUUCUCUUCGCCGGGUAAUUGAAUUUGUUUCUACUCUGUUGCAAAAUGGAAAUAGCGAAGCCAAGGGGCAGUGCCGUGGACUAGUGAAAGAUAUAUCUCCAAGUUUACACACUAUUGUCGAUACAAUCUUUGGAUCAAUGUAGAAUGAUAUUGAACAACAAAGGUGGAAGAAAUAGGCGAGCAUGCGAGCACUGCUUGCAGGAAAUGUUAAACAGCUGCAGGAAAUUCAUUUAAAAAUGAAGAUUUGCUGUUGAAAAUUUGAAGGAAACCUUAACACCCAUGUCCCACUAUGGGCGCAACAACAUAUGAUUGACAGACAGACAUUCCUUGAAUUUAAAACCAUGGUCAGCUAGAACACUAUAUGUUUAUGCACAUAUUUAGCACAAAAAUGCAUGGUUGGUCUGCAGGAAAUUUUUGUCUCCAGGUUGUGCUCCCGGGAAGAAAAUUCUUUUUUCCUGCCCUGUUGAAGAAGAAAGAGUGUAAAUUAUCCUCCAUAGGUGUUUCUAUGUGGCUUUAGGCCAAAAAAAAAAAUGUGGGUUUCCGGUUUCUUCUUAUAAAAACGUAGGUAGGGUAGGUCGGUUAUAACUUUUUUUUUUAACUUUUUUUUUAAUUUUCCGAACAAGCGGACGCCAUUAGUCAGUGCUUCCACAUCCAAAGAUAAAUUUCCCUAAUAUUGCCUCAAAUUUCAAUUUUCCACAAACUUUUUCCUCUAAGUGGAAAGAAACACUUACAAGCACGAUCCAAUAAAAAAGUUUAGGGUCGGGAUUUCGACGUCCAAAAGCUAGGUAGGGUCGGGAAACCGGAAACCCACAUAUUUUUUUUUUUGGCCUUAUCAAUAUUCAAUAAUCUUUUCCUUUAAGGUGUUCAACUUCAGUGAUGAUCAAGAUGCAGUCACAGAAGAUGAACUAAAAACCAUUUUACUCAGUUUUCUACAAUCAGCCAACACCAUCUUAGACAGCGUAGGGGACUCUGACUCUAAAGAAACUAAUAGCAGCGAAAAACCUUUAAUUGAAACCGUCUCAGAAAUAGUCCAAGAUGCCUUUAAGACGUGCGAUAAAUCGAAGAACGGCAAGUUGUCGGCCAAGGAAUUCAGUGCAUGGCUUCAUAAAAAUCCUCAGAUCAUGGAUAAUGUGUUUGGCUGGCAAUGCCCAAAACCAGAGCUCGGCCAAUGGGCUAACGAAACUGAACAGCAAGGCGCAAAAAGUUUACAAGACUUGUUUGGUGGUCAGAAUAUGUCCGGAGACAGCUUUUUCGAUUCUUUGGGAAGUGCUGCCGAAAAUGCUCCCGAGAGUGAGGGUGAUAGGAAAUCUGGAAACGUAUCGCCAGUACCGAUCUCUCCAACCAAAAGCAAAAGCAGUGUGUCCGAAGAGGUCGAUCCUGUGAUUCAGAUCGAGACAACUACAGUACAAGCAAAUGUCAAGCCACCAUCUUCACCAAUUAAAAUUGAGCCUCGCUUAUCUGAAGUGGAGAAUGAAGAACCUUUCAUAGAAACUUACGAUUACUACAGUGCAUUAUGGAUACCUUCUAAAGAAACCAAUUCCUUCCUUGAGGCAAUCAGGAACAACAUCCUGAAGCCAGAGAAUGCAGAACCUGAAUUUAGAGUGCCCUGUAUUCAAUUCGAUACACCACAAGUCGAUCCGGUUAGCGAACUGAUCUCGAAAUUUCUCAGUGACCAAGAAGAACCUUCGCGAGCUGCUCUAACCGAAGAGAUGGUUGCAAACGAUACAGCUGGCUUGAAGCAACUCUUGAGAGUAGAAUGUUGGCGGUCAGCUCUUAACCUGACCACAAAACUGUUGGGUACUAACAAUACCCAGCAAACAGCCUCCCAGUUGGCACUAUCGCCUGGCAACUUGGAGAUUUGGUUCUGCCGUAUUGCAUUGUUGUACCAGCUUAACAUGUACAGUGCCGCAGAUAUCGAGCUUGAGGCAUUUGGUAAUCUUGACGCGGCUGUGUUGUAUUAUGAUUUCCAUCCAGAUUUAUACCCUGGGAAAGAAGGCUCAAUGGUGCCGUUCUGUUUUCGCAUCCUGGCUGCGAUGUUGCCACAACAAGUAGAUAGGCCCAAAGAGGCGUUAGACAAGUUAUUCUAUGUUCAUAGCGCGUGUCUACAAGUAUUGCGCAACCUCACGACAAACCUUGGUGGCGGCGAUGAGAAUGAGGAAGCCCGUCAGAAAGGAAUCGAAUUAUGGAAGAAAAGAUUACUGAAAGUUUUUUAUUGCAUCGGAAACACGUUCCUUUCCUUGAAAGAGUAUGGUUUGGCUCUGUCAGUCUUUAAGCAGAUAGCAAAGCAAGAUUCUGAGAAUUCGAGAGCAUUGCUUUUGGGACUUGGAAGGAUAAGCUUACAGUCUGGGGAUAUUGAAAGUGCGCAAGAGUACUUCAAAUUGGUGGAGGAGAUGGGACCUGAUGAUGAUAUUGCCCAAUCAGAUGUCUACAUCAACCGCGGUCUUCUAGCGUUAACUCUGGACGCAUACGAGGAGGCGUAUAAACAUUUCUCAGCAGCGAAGAACUUGGAUCCGGGAAACGCGAUUGCAGUUAACAAUGCUGCUGUUAGCUUGCUUUUUCAAGGCAGAUUAAAGGAAGCAUUACAGCUGCUCGAGGAUAUCGUGUUUGCGGACCCCGAGAAGAAUUUACAACCUGGUAUACUCUUCAAUAUUUGUACCAUGUAUGAGUUGGAAACAUCGCGUCAUGUGCAGAAGAAACAGACUCUACUAGAGUUGAUUGCAAAGCACCGUGGAGAUGGAUUCAAUGUAUCUUGCUUGAAGUUCCCGUAGGCGACUAGGCGUAGUUUAUGCUUCACUUUGCUAAUAGGCAAUUCCAGCUUUUAGUUUAUACCUGCGGGGGAUGAUGGGAAGUAAGGUAUCAUAGUGCUGAUUAUGCUGAAAAAUUUCAAUAAAAACUACCGAAACAACCGAGUCUUAUAAGCUAUCAUUCCGUGUUUACACGGCCACCAUUUUUAUUUUUUCAGCAUAAUCAGCAAUGUGAUACCUUACUUCCCAACGUCCCCUGCACGCAUAAACUAAAAGCUGGAAUUGCCUAUUGAGUCAAAUUAGAUUGAUUGUUUAUACAUCGUGAAAAAGUCGAGGAAAACUGUAGCGUAGGUAGUUAAAUUGUAACUUGUGAACAACUAUAGAAGCUGUUACACCUGAAAUUUGUACUGUAGAAUAAAAAUAUCGCGUCGUGUACAAACGAACACUGAAACAGUAUUCUCAAAUUGAUUGCAGAAUCGUGAACGAAUCAUAUUUUAAUAAACUGUCAAUUCUUAAACUAUUCUUAAAAUUAGAUUUUAUACUGGAAUUAAUGUGUAAUGUACAAAAUAAGACCAAUUAAUGUAAACAACAGCGAUGUUGGUUUGUGUGUCUGUCAGGGAAGAAAUUUGUGUAGACAAAAAUAUAUAUAAAUAUAUCUUCACUUUCUCCAUCGGGACAACAGGUAG